UUGAUGGAACAUUGGAGUGCAAGUUGUUUGUUUUCUCUGAGGAAAAGGAGUUAUUUGAACACUUCAUAAAGAUUUUACGCUCAUUUGAUCCUGAUAUGUUAAUGGGUUGGGAUAUACAAGGUGGUUCUCUUGGUUUUCUGGCUGAAAGAGCUGCACAUCUUGGCAUUGGGUUGCUAAAUCAUAUAUCAAGGACACCAUAUGAAACUAAAAUAGCUGCUGGAGAAUUGGCAAUUUCUGAGAAGGGAUUACACGGUGAUUUGUUGCCUGACCCUCUAAUUGCUGAAUCUGCUGUUCUGGAAAGUGUAGUUAUUGAGGAUGAAUGGGGCCGAACUCAUGCUAGUGGUGUUCACGUUGGCGGUAGAAUUGUCCCAAAUGUUUGGCGGCUAAUGCGCAAUGAAGUCAAGCUAAAUAUGUACAGCAUUGAAGCUGUAGCUGAAUCUGUUUUGAGGAGAAAAGUUCCAUCCAUCCCCUAUAAAGUUUUGACGAAAUGGUUUUUAAGUGGUCCUGCAAGGGCAAGGUAUAGAUGCAUUGAAUAUGUAAUUGAAAGAGCGAAGUUGAAUCUUCAGAUGAUGGAUCAACUUGACAUGAUAAAUCGAACAUCUGAACUUGCCCACAUCUUCGGCAUUGAUUUCUUUUCUGUUCUUUCUCGUGGUUCACAGUAUCGUGUUGAAUCUAUGUUUCUUAGAUUGGCGCAUACACAAAACUAUCUUGCCAUUUCCCCAGGAAAGCAACAGGUUGCUUCUCAACCUGCAAUGGAGUGUCUGCCUCUUGUGAUGGAACCAGAAUCUGGCUUCUAUGCAGAUCCGGUUGUUGUUUUGGACUUCCAGUCUCUUUAUCCAUCAAUGAUAAUUGCUUAUAACCUUUGCUUUUGUACUUGUCUGGGACAAAUUGCACCUUCAAAGGCAAAUACACUUGGAGUUAGUCCAUUUAUGCCAGACCCUAAUGUCUUGAGGGAUUUGAAAGAUAAAAUGCUGCUUACUCCAAAUGGUGUCAUGUACGUGCCUUCUAAGGUAAUUCUGAUGGCUUCCCAUUUCUGCCAUAUGAGUUUUAACCGAAUACUGCAUCCCUUCUGUAUUCAACUUGGCUGAAGUGGAUUACACAUUAAUAGUGUUAUUCGAAGUUGAUGAUACUGGUUGAUGUUGGCAGAUAGUCUAAGUUGCUAGAAACAUUGCAUGUAGGGAGCAUGGACAUGAUUUGCAGAUAGAAACAGGAGAAAUGGUGAACUUAAUGCACCUAACUUUUUUAUGUUUGUUUGCAUGUUUAUGAUGAUAUCCCUCUUCUGAUUCUUAUGAGCUUUUAGGGUAGUUGCUUAUCAAGUUUGUGCUAUCCAGUUCAACUCUAAGUAGUAAUUUUCUCUAGCUGCUUUAAUGGUUGUGUCCAAAACUGAUUCCUGCCUAAGCCCCUCAAUGUGAGAGAACUCCCUUUCAUUAGUAUUCUUAAGUUUUAUUUAAAAAAUAUUUAUUAAUUUAGGAAAACAAGGAAGAAUAAUAAUGGAGUGAAAAAGCUUGGUCUUUGCUUCUUCUAAUUACAGGUUCGUAAGGGUGUGCUGCCUCGCUUAUUGGAAGAAAUAUUAUCAACCAGAAUAAUGGUGAAACAAGCCAUGAAAAAGUUGAAUCCUUCACAGCAAGUGCUUCAUCGGGUAUGGUUGUACACUGGAAUUUCCUUUUCAAAAGAAAGUAAACAUAUUGCAGCAUAUCUGUGCUUAAUGUAAAGGAAGAGGUUCUAAUUUGAGGAGUGGAAGCUUUUAAGCCUCUUUCUUGUUUAUUUGAUCUUCUGGAUUCUCUAUGGUCUGCUUAUCAUUCUAUUUUUUUGAUUCAAGUAUCUUGAACCAUUUAAGAGCCAAUUGCUGAUUAAAGCUUCAUGAAUUUAAUGUAAGCAAGACUAGCCACUUUCAAUAGCGUGCAUCUACAAGUUAUCAAUUGUACAAUUGGAAAUUAGAAGUAAGGAAUUUGCUA